GCAGCCGGGACGUUUGUUUGUUUGCAAUGUCUGUAAUGUUUGCACGUUGGGACUGGCGCUUCAAGCAUUACGUGCUCAGGGAACAGGAUCUUUGCACACUCCCUGUAGAGUGAUUUAGAACAAUACGCACUCUGAUGUAAAGUGUUUGUCAAACUGGCCAGUGAGAGGCUCAGAGAUUUACCCUCAGUCGGCUGUAAUUGGAAGCACUGCACUCGGGAUUAUGUCAAUUUUGGUGUUUUUUAGAGAGACUAGAAUGAGUGUAUCUUUAAGCAUAACAAUAAUAUUUUAGCAGCAAAACACGAUGGAUAAUCGACGGAAGAAGAAGCUGACAUUCUUCACCAUUGGUCUCAUAUUUCUGCUUAGCGGUGUGGAAUAUGCUGUAAUACUGCCCACUAUAUGGAGGUACUUGCAGACUUUAGAAGCAGCACCUUACUUUCUGGGUUUGGCGCUGUCAGCAUUCAGCUUGAGCGGCCUCCUGACAGGACCCCUGUUUGGCCACUGGUCCGACAAAACACGGACCACUAAGAAGAUCAUCUUGUUUGCCAAUGUUUUUGAGAUAAUCGGUAAUUUCAUGUACUUCAUGGGAUAUUCCAAAUGGCUCUUACUGUCAAGCAGACUUGUGGCAGGCAUCGGAACAGGUGCUGGUUCAUCUAUCUUUGGCUUCCUGACCAGAAGCACCGCCCCUGAGGACCGCGCCACUGCUUUUGCUGCGGUCAUGGCAUGUCGACAAGCUGGCCUUCUGAUUGGUCCAGCAUUUAACAUCUUCCUGAGGUUGUGUGAUUUCAACCUGGGUCCUUUUGUGGUCAAUAAAUAUACUGCACCAGGGCUCUUCAUGUGCCUGCUGUGGACUCUCAUUCAACUGGCGGUGAUCUUCAUGUACUGGGACCUACCACAUCUGGAGAAAGAGAAGGCCAACGACAGAUUGAGAGGCCAGAGCAAGGAUGAGGAGAACAAGCAAGGGCUUAUGGAAGAGGAAAAUGAUGAGGAAAAGCCACUAAUGGGGUCCCAGGAGCUAGGGGGGUCCUACGGCUCAGCCGUGGCAUCCAACACAGCCAGGUCCGACACUUCUGCUGCCUCAAAUGCCACGCUGAAUCAUAUCUCGCCACCUCUCUCUCCAGUGCCACCGGAAUCCCAUGAGUCUUCCAUCCCCUCUAAGACCUCUAGCAUAUCUCGAGAGUUCCUGAGAGAAGAGGUGGUUGUGCUGCUGGCUGCUCAGUUCAUCACUCUCUUCAAUCAGACAGCGCUUGAGACCAUGGUGACCCCGAUGACCCAGAAGUACUUUGGCUAUGGGGAGCUGGAGAACAGCGUGAUGUACUGUCUCUGCGGUGUGGAGGUGAUCGCUGGCUUCCUGUUUGUGCGGUGGCUGAGCCAGCGUGUUACUGAGCGAGUUGUCCUGGCCAUCGGUCUGACGAUCUGCAACAUCUCUGGUGUCUGGUGCUUAAUCUUCCUGGCAAACCCACUAGGUGGUUUCCCAUGGCAGCUGACUGAAUUCGUCAUUGGAGUGUUUCUGCAGGUUUUGGGUUUGCCAUUUGUAGCUGUGGCUCAGGUUUCCCUCUUUUCCAAAGUAACUUCUGAGAAAACACAAGGUUUCAGUCAGGGCGUGCGUCGCUCAGUGGGGGGUCUUGCUACCAUCCUGGGUCCUCUGUGGGCUGGUGGCCUCACAGACAACAUGUAUAUCAUGAUGGGGGUGAUGAUGGCACUGUUGGCACUGCUUACGAUUAUGCUGGCUUUCUCAUACGACCGGAUGCUUGCACCUGCUGUCGAGGAGCAAGUGGAUGACCCGGACAACUGUGGCUAAACCAGCAGAAGGCUGAUGGGAUAAACUUGGAUAUAAAAGUGGGAGAUUCCCUUUCCUGCACCUAGCGGUCCAUCCACAGUUUCACUUUCUGCUCUGGGACCAUCACGCAGGGUGACAACACACACACACCUCAUCAUCUCCUGAGGGCUUACCUUACACUUGGACUUUGCGUACAGAGGCUGAUCAGAGCACUGAUAUGGUGCAUGUAUACAUUUCCCAUGGAAAUAUGGAGUCCUGCUGACACAGUGUGUGCAAGCUUUGGAUUAAAUUGGUUUCCGUCAUUUUGUGUUCUGCAUUGAAGUACCAUCCACAUUUGAUUCAUCACAUAUUCUGCUAUCAAUGAACAUGCCAAGUGGUAAGCUGAUGUAGUUGUCUUUGAGCAGCAGGAGUGUAAAUGAGCUGUUUAGUCUUAAUACUUGUUCUCCUCAAAAAUAUAUAUAUAUAUAUUGUGUUUAUUGGGUUUUUCAACAGCAGUCAUUUUAACAAAGCAGGUAUCACAAGUGGGUAAAAAAAUAUUCACUUAAAUAGAUAUGGUAACAAUUUAAAUACUGCUUAACACCAGGGCAAACAAAAUCCCACAUAGACCGAAGACAAACAGACAUACAAAAAUAAAAAACCGGCAGCUAAAACAAAAAUGUCAGUAAUAAACAAUACAUGUCAGUACGGCAGAAUCUCCUCCCCGCGACAAGCCGUCCCUCAAAAAUAUUAACCAGUUUACAGGUAUAAAAUCAGGAUUUAUUGUAUUCUUAAGUAAAAUGUACAACAUUAAGAACAAGACCUUACUUUGCCAAUACAUCCAAAGGAUUUCAACAUUCAAUAUAAUUAAAAUCCAAUCCAUCUACAUCUGAUAUAAAGAAGCUUUCUCCUUCAACAGAGAAAUAUUUACAAAAACUAUUAUUUUUAUUUUUAAAUUAAAUUUGUGUGUUUUUGGAAAUUAAUACUUUGAGACUUGCCUCUACUAUUAAAGCAAUAUGUUUGGUCACUAGAUAAAAUAACUACUAACACAAAAUAAUAAAUGAAUGUGUUGAAACGGUUUCCCUUGGUGAUGGAAAUGCUGAUUAAAUGGCAUUUGAAACAUUACUUCAAAUACCAGUAAUUUAAUUUCUGAAGGAAACAGUAAAUACCAUGGAUUUCUGCCGAACCCUGAUUAAAGGUUGUUAAUUAAAGUUUCUAAUAUUUCUACUGUGAGGCCGGUUAAAGGAUGAAAUAAGUUUUGUGCUUUGGAAAAAACAGCAGUACCAUUAUGUAACACCAGUGGGAGCUCUUAGUCUACUGAAGUGUAUACCUGUUGUUGCUGCUGAGCCGUAAUGCUCUGAUCGCAGUCGGUACGAUAACUCCAUAAGGUGCACAAAUACACAUUUAGGGAAACACAGCUGUGGUGGGAGUGUUGUUGUAGAAAACAGCCUUUCGCGGUUUUAGGUGGCAGUACAGAAAACACACACUAAUAAAUCAAAUAAUAUUUUUCACAUGGCUUUACAUGUUUUGGUGUGCACCACCUUUAUAAUUUGUUCAGGUUUUGUUUUCACGAUCAGUUGUAUGAAUGAUGAGACAUUUUAUUUAUUAUUUAUUAUAAUAUUUAUUUGAUAUUUUAUGAGCCCCUAUGAACAACUUUUCCUAUGUAUUCAUUUCCUCUACAAGAAAAAUAAAUAUUCACUAUACUCUA